AUGGGGCUGCUGGUGCUGGCCCUGGCUGCCUGGCUGGGGCUGGGGCUGGGGCUGGCCUCAGCCUCGGAGGGGGUGGCCAACAGCAGCCGGCUCUGCCGGGAGGCGCCGGCAUGGACCGUCAAUGGCUUGAGCCCCAUGGCAGGGGCGGCAGGGCAGGUGACGGUGGUGGCCCUGCUGAAGGCCAGCUGACACUUCUGCCUGCAGCAGGCCCGCAGCCUCGGGGGCCUGCGGGAGAGGCUGGCCCGGCAGGGCACGGUCGAUGUCCGCUACAUGAUCGUCAACGAGAAGGCGCCGCUCUCCCGUGCCAUCUUUGGGGAGCUGGAGCGCCAGGCCCCGCCGGGCGUCCCCGUCUUCCAGCCGGAGCCGGAGGAGCCCGACGUCUGGCAGGUCCUGGGGGGCGACAAGGACGACUUCCUCGUCUACGACCGGUGCGGCCGCCUGGCUUUCCACAUCCAGCUGCCCUACAGCUUCCUCCACUUCCCCUAUGUGGAGUCGGCCAUCCGCUUCAUCCACAGCCAGGACUUCUGUGGCAACUGCUCCCUCUACCCCAACACCACCCGGGAGGCUAACAGUACCAUGGAGGUCCCUGUAACUCUGAGCCCGCUUCCCGAACAAGAGGGGAAGGGGUCAGAGACCCCCAUCCACCAGCACAACCCCCUCCAUCCUCACCACCACCACGAGGUCAGCAGCAAGAGAGCCACAGACCAGAGUGGGGACCAUGAACCUGCCACUCAUGCUCACCACCACCAUGGAGACCACGGCCAGCCCUGUCAUGAGGGGAAGAAACAGAAGGAGGGAGAUGAGCACUAA